AUGUCACACACGGUUGGGAAACCAGAUCCAUUCGGCCAGAGACGCCGGCUUGCGCACUCGGCCAUUUCCGAUGAAUACCGAUUGACUCCUGAAACUUAUGAAAAUCUCUUUGGUGAGGUCUUCUUUGAGUCGCAGAUUUACAGGGUUUGGUCACAAGGCAACCGCCCAUGGGCACUCCAUUGCUACGGUGAUCCUGGCUGUGGCAAAACAACUCUUGCCGCAAUCACGGUCAACAGGCUACGGGCGCAUGGCACAAGUUCAGUCGUCUCUGUAUUCAUUGGGAAGGACACCAAAGUCAGUGCCGCAGAUUUACUGGAAGAUCUCCUGCUUCGAAGCAUCGAUCCAGAAACCGACAAUCACUUCGCGCAAUAUGAGACAGCAUGCCGUUAUGGCGAGUCAGUAUCCAGACGGACCACACUCCUUCGCGUCGCGAUUACGUCUCUCUUGGACAAGCAUCAGCAUACGUUCCUCGUAAUAGAUGGCUACGAUCGAGUAGGGCACGAUCUGCAAAUCCUCCUCGAUCGCGAAUUAGCCGAUCUUCGAGCUCAUCGUUUGCGCGUCAUGUUGACAAGGAGAGUUCCUGCCUUCGAACCACCCAGAGUAAAAAUUUGCGACGGCUGCCAGGCAUACAAUCUGAAGCUGUACUGGUCAUGCAAAGCAUGUUUUGCGCUACAACUGCCAUUUGAUUUGUGCUACGACUGUAGAGUGAAAGAACGAAUAUGUGUCGUCCAUGGCGUAGCCCACUUUGAGGAAUCUUACAACCACGUCUCGACUGACGUCAGUUAUCCAGACAACAUGGAAGAAUACCUCUUGUGGGAACUGAGACGAAUGUCUAGAGUCCCUCAGCUUCAUAUGUUCCUGGAAGAUGCCGGCAUGUCUCAACGUAUUAUCAAAUCCAUGAGCUACGACAGGAACAUCACUAUAGCGAAGCUGUAUCUGGACAACGUCUUCAGGGAGCAGUGCCUCGAUGUUGUUGUCAAAGUAAACGACAGGCUUCCCCGCAACAUAAUCGCAAUGUUCGAUGAUGGUAUCGGACGUAUCAAGCAACGACCGGACCGCGAAGCUGACAUCGGCCUGCUGGCUAUUGCUGCGGUCGGAGAGAAUAAUCAAGGAAUAGCUCUUGUUUCGUUAGCCAAUUGGAUGAGAGAUGCAUUAAGCCGUUUACCGUAUCUUGCGCAAGCCCCACCACGUAGCCUCGAGGAUAUUCUACGUUACACAAAUGGAUUCAUCCAGGAACGUGUUUCCAAUUCAGGGGAUCGAUAUUUCAUUGUUUUGGGCCAGGAACCAGCUCAAUAUAUACCGAACUUCCAAGACGUGGACGGCAAUCUCUCAAAUUCCGCCAAGAUUGACAUCUCCGCCGUUGGUUUCAUCACCACCGAUCACCGCUGA